GUGUAUGUAUGCGUCACGUAUAUAUUUACUGCAAAUGGUGGGGAUAAUUUAGUACCCGAGAUGGGAGACCUGAAGUCAGGUUUUGAAGAGGUGGAUGGCGUGAGGCUCGGCUACCUCAUCAUUAAAGGAAAGCAAAUGUUUGCCCUCUCCCAAGUCUUCACGGAUCUGCUGAAAAACAUCCCGAGGACGACCGUGCACAAGCGCAUGGAUCAUCUGAAAGUGAAAAAGCACCACUGUGAUCUGGAGGAGUUGCGGAAACUCAAGGCAAUCAACAGCAUCGCCUUCCACGCCGCCAAAUGCACGCUCAUCUCCCGGGAAGAUGUGGAGGCACUCUACACCUCUUGCAAAACAGAGCGUGUCCUCAAGACCAAGCGCAGGAGGGUCGGCCGGACCCUGGCCACAAAGGCGCCGCCGCCAGAGCGCGCCGCCGCCGCGGCGGCCGCCAGCCCCCGCCCGGGUUUUUGGAAGGACAAGCACCAACUUUGGCGGGGCCUGAGCGGAGCCGCGCGGCCCCUGCCAAUCAGCGCGCAGUCCCCGCGCCCCGGCGCUGCAGCCGCGCGCCCCGCAGCCCAACUACCUCAAAUUUUUAGCAAAUACCCGGGCUCGCACUACCCGGAAAUCCUGCGCUCGCCUUGCAAGCCCCCUCUAAACUAUGAAACUGCCCCGCUCCAGGGAAACUACGUCGCUUUCCACUCGGACCCUGCUUAUUUUCGGAGCCUGCUGUGCAGCAAGCAUCCGGCUGCCGNNNUACAAUCAUGCCUGGAGAGGUUUCAUCUGGUUAACAGCUUCUGCUCACCACCACACCACCACCACCACCACCACCACCAUCACCACCACCACCACCACCACCACCGGGCCCAGCAGCCGCCGCAGAACCACCACCCCUCUCGUCACCACCGGCCGCAGCCCCAUCUGGGUAGCUUUCCCGAGAGUUGCAGCAGCGACUCGGAAUCCAGCUCCUACUCGGACCAUGCAGCCAACGACUCAGAUUUUGGCUCCAGUUUGUCCAGCUCCAGCAACUCUGUGUCCUCGGAAGAAGAGGAGGAGGGAGAGGAGGAGGAAGAGGAGGAGGAAGAGGAGGGGGGCAGUGGGGCCUCGGACUCCAGUGAAGUCAGCUCCGAGGAGGAGGACUCCUCGACCGAGUCGGACUCCAGCUCCGGCUCCAGCCAAGUGUCAGUGCAGAGCAUCCGUUUCAGGCGCACCAGUUUCUGCAAACCUCCUAGUGUGCAGGCGCAGGCCAACUUUUUGUACCAUCUGGCCUCCGCCGCCGCUGCAACCAAACCCGCUGCUUUCGAGGAUGCUGGUCGACUUCCCGACCUCAGGAGUAGUGUCAAAGCCGAGUCGCCGGAGGAGUGGAAUCCGCAGAGCUGGGCCCCCAAAACGUCUCCGGUAUACUGCCCGGCCGGCCUGGGGAGCUGUUUCACGGAGAUAAGAAACGAUAGGGUAUCUGAGAUUACAUACCCGCACUCUGAAAUUUCCAGUACUGUAAAGAGAACUGACCUGACAAUUAACUGCCUGGCAGAGGGGGCCUCUUCACCUAGCCCUAAGACAAACAAUGCAUUCCCACAACAAAGAAUACUCGGAGAGGCUAGGAAAUGCCUACAAGCAACUCCUACUACACACUGUGCAGAUAACAACACAAUAGCUGCUAGGUUCUUAAAUAAUGAUGCUUCUGGAGCAGCAGCAAAUUCAGAAAAUGAUUUCAAAAUCCUUCAUUGUACUGAAUUUGCUACGGAUUUGCCCUCUUCGCAAACUGAUCCUGAAGUGGAUGCAGCAGCAGCAGCAGCAGCAGCAGCAGCAGCAACUAAAGCAGAGAAUCCCUGCACUGAUACCAGGGACAAGACAUUGCCAUUUCUGCACAAUAUUAAAAUCAAAGUAGAAGAUAGUAGUGCUAAUGAAGAAUAUGAACCUGAACUUAUUACAAAUAAGCUAAAGUGCGAGUGCAAUGAUACGCAGGGUGAGUUUUACAGUGUGACUGAAAGUAAAGAGGAGGACACCUUGCUAACCACAGCCAAGGAAGGCUUUGCAUGCCCUGAAAAAGAAACUCCUUCCUUAAAUCCACUGGCUCAGAAUCAGGGCCUUUCAUGCACUUUAGGUUCUCCAAAACCUGAGGAUGGGGAAUAUAAAUUUGGUGCCAGGGUGAGAAAAAAUUACCGGACACUAGUACUGGGAAAGCGACCUGGGCUUCAGACACCUCCAGUCAAACCAAAUUUGAAAUCAGCAAGAAGUCCUCGUCCUACAGGUAAAACUGAGACACAUGAAGGAUCACUGGAUGAUUUUACAGUUAUAAACAGACGCAAAAAGGUAGCCAGCAAUGUAGCAUCAGCAGUGAAAAGGCCAUUUAAUUUCAUGGCAAAUUUUCCUUGUCCUCCAUCACUCAUUAUUGGAAAGGAUGGGGAUUUGUGGCCAGCAUAUUCCUUAAACACCGCUAAGGAUUCCCAACCUCCUCACAAGGCCCAUCCUAUAUGGAAAUGGCAGCUGGGCGGUUCUGCAAUACCUCUUCCACCUAGUCACAAAUUCAGGAAAUUUAAUUCAUAAAAGUGUUUUAGAAGAUAUUUUCUUGAACCAUAUUACCUUCCUUUUGUUGUAAACUGCACGGGAUGGUUUGUACAAGUCCAUUAAUAUGUUACACCCCUUUUGGAGUCCUGGUUUAUCGCAUUUUGAAGACAGAAAUCGGAUUUU